UGAAAGUGAUGAUAAUGUUUGAACAACAACCUCGAAUUUCUCGCUUCUUUUUUGUUCUAAACGAAUUUUUAGUUAUGUAUUAAAAAAACGUAAAGUACUUUGGAUUCUGUUUCAACGAAAUCUAGGAGGAAAUUUGGUUGAAGUCGACUGGAGUUGAAAAGUUGUCGUUAUUCUCUCACGCCCGUCUUUUUGCUAUAGAAUCAGUGUGUCCACUCUUCUCCUCAACACACACACACACAAAGUUCGCCGGAGAAAAAAAAGAAAAGAGCAGGGAUUUAUGGCGACGAAAGAGAACGGUACUGAUGGGAAGAAAACGGGUCGGGUCAUCGACGGACCCACAAACCCGAUGGUCACGCCUCUGCUCAACGACCUUUACCAAUUCACCAUGGCUUACGCUUACUGGAAAGCCGACAAACAAUCCGAACGAUCUGUGUUUGAUUUGUAUUUUCGUAAGAACCCAUUUGGUGGAGAGUACACUAUCUUUGCUGGGUUAGAAGAAUGCAUCAAGUUCCUCGCUAAUUUCAAUCUGACUGACGAAGAGAUCGAUUUCGUUCGUGACUCGUUGCCUGGAUGUGAGGAAGCUUUCUGUGAUUAUCUUCGAGGGCUUGAUUGUUCUGACAUUGAAGUGUAUGCUAUUUCGGAAGGAUCAGUUGUUUUCCCCAAAGUUCCUUUACUCAGAAUCGAAGGUCCUGUUGCUGUUGUGCAAUUGUUGGAAACUCCGUUUCUCAAUCUCAUCAAUUACGCAUCUCUGGUUGCUACAAACGCAGCAAGGCAUCGGUUUGUCGCCGGAAAAUCUAAGCUUCUGCUUGAGUUUGGUGCUCGAAGAGCUCAGGGACCCGAUGGCGCAAUAAGCGCAUCAAAGUAUUGCUACCUUGGAGGUUUUGAUGCAACAAGGCAUGUCUCAGUCUUACUAGUCAAUGUUGCGGCGGGGAAAUUGUUUGGAAUACCGCUCCGUGGUACACAUUCACAUGCUUUUGUUAGCUCGUUCAUGAGUCUUGAUGAGAUUGUUGACAAAGCGCUUCGAAGCUCUGAUGGGAAAAGCAAUUGUGAAGAUUUUGUCACUUUGGUCCAAACAUGCCUAUCCAAGAUUCAGAACUCAUCUUCAUUAUGCGGGAUCUUCUCCGAGACGAACAAAAGCGAGCUCGCAGCGUUCACAUCCUACGCACUCGCAUUCCCUAGCGCCUUUCUUGCUCUUGUAGACACUUACGAUGUGAUGAAGAGUGGGAUUCCAAACUUCUGUGCUGUUGCUCUAGCGCUUAAUGAACUCGGAUACAAAGCAGUUGGUAUUAGACUAGAUUCAGGUGACUUAGCCUAUCUUUCCACUGAAGCUAGGAAAUUCUUUUGCGCCAUAGAGAGAGAGCUUAACGUGCCUGACUUCGGGAAGAUGAUCAUUACCGCUAGUAACGAUCUAAAUGAAGAGACAGUAGAUGCUUUGAAUAAACAGGGUCAUGAAGUGGAUGCCUUUGGAAUUGGAACCAACUUAGUGACUUGCUACGCGCAAGCGGCGUUAGGCUGUGUUUUCAAACUCGUGGAGAUAAAUAAUCAGCCUCGGAUCAAACUUUCUGAAGAUGUUACUAAGGUAUCGAUACCGUGUAAGAAACGUACGUACAGAUUAUUCGGAAAAGAAGGUUACCCUCUGGUUGAUAUUAUGACUGGGGAGAACGAACCACCUCCAAAGGUUGGUGAAAGGUUACUUUGUCGUCAUCCUUUCAAUGAGUCGAAAAGGGCUUAUGUGGUGCCACAACGCGUGGAAGAGCUUCUGAAAUGUUAUUGGCGUGGAAAUGCAGAUGAAGCUAGGGAAGAGCUAGAGCCAUUGAAAGAGAUAAGAAACCGUUGCAUCAAACAGCUGGAAAACAUGCGACCUGAUCAUAUGAGAAGAUUAAACCCUACUCCGUAUAAGGUUAGUGUCAGCGCCAAGUUGUAUGACUUCAUCCACUUCCUCUGGCUCAACGAAGCUCCUGUAGGCGAGCUGCACUGAGAAUUUACAAAUACUAGAGUUUUGUCGAGCUUGGGUCUGUGUAUACGAUAAAAAUAUAACAAUAGUAUCAGCUUCGCCACUUUCUUAGUUACGGAUCUCACGCUUUUUACAACAUCACGAUCUACAAAUAACUUGUACUCACCAACAUUCCUCAGAAUAAAAUACGGAAGUCUCUAUAUUUGCCAAAUGAAUUGCUUCAUAAUCAAAUGAAGCGGCAACAUCUUGAGGCUUUGUGUGUGUAUAGUUCCGGAAUAGUUAUUUUCUUUUACAGCCUGUGAUAUAUGAGGGAAUUGAUGCUUUGAUGCUCUUUGUUGAUUCUUGUUGGUUGAGAAUUUUGCUGUUUAUUACAAUACCCAAACAAGUACCCUAGAUAGAUACUUAGAAUACAAAAAAUUGCAGGAAGUACAGUAGAAGCAAAAUUCAGAAACAUCAUCAUCUUGAGGAACAAGGUCAUGUGAUUUUGCACUGGUGUCAUUCUGAGGAUGCCGGCCCAUUUAAUAAGUUUAAAUUGAUUGAUUUAGCUACUUAUGUCAUCAAAGUGCAUUUAUCUUUUUGGUCAUUGGUCCCAAGAGAACUCCACAGUUAAGGGUGUUUAUGCUGGAGAAGGACUAGGAUGGGUGACCUUUCGAGAAGUGAUUCUCAAAAACGUGUAAGUGAGGCCAAAACAUAAGAAAAAAUCAUGUGGUGAUUGCGGGUCAGUAAAUAAGUUGGUUGGAGUCCGGGAAAAAUAAUGCAUCGGCCGUGGGACAGAGGUGGGCGCAUGGGCCCGACCGGUAGGGACGGUCGGGAGUGUUACAAUGCAUCUCUGUGUUUCAAUGUUUGUCUCAGAUUUCAAGGUUCAUCAAGCUGAAGAACCUCCAAGAGUAAGGAACACCCCGCAUUCCUUUAUCUCUCUUCUUCCGCCCAUAUGUGACCAGAACCUGAACUCAAAAACAAGCUCGGUGGAAGUCACCUCCACUGCUUCAACCUCGAAUAUGUACAGAUGCUUCUCCAAAACUGGACCUUCUGUAUAUUUACCAAAUUCACCGAGAGCAUUCUGUGUCGGCGUGUUGCUGUAAUAAAUAAAUCCUCCUCCUCCCGCUUGGUUUAAGUUAUCUUCAAAUACGACGCAAGCCUUAAAUGUGGUUGAUGUGCCAAGAGGCAUUUGAUUCAACUUCACUGUUACAGAACUCCCAGAAGAUCGGUAAGGGAAGCACUCAGGCACUUCUCCGCCUGGUAAGACUGCAAAUCCAUUAGUCAGUGUCUGGAUGAUGAGAUCUCUCGCUUCUUGAUUCAGUUUGCAGCAGUUAGCGAAGUCGAGACGACGAAUAUCCAGAUUGGGAAAGGAGCAAUCUAGUCUCUCCAGGGACUCGCAGUUUUCUGCAUAGAGCUGUACUAAUGAAUACGGAAGCUGAGGGAGUGAUACCAGCUUCUUCAUUCCUCUUAGUAUAAGUCGACGCAGACGAGACAUUCUCCCGAUCCUUGGACCAAGUGAAGGCGCUUCUUUGAUUGCAUCUCCACUUAGCUUGUGGUAGUCUUGGACGCUUGUGGAACUCUCAGGAUAAAUUUUUAACAUGGAGCAAUCUGAGAGAUCGAGUUCUUCCAGAGAUUCCAAGUUGAUGUUGGUCAGAUUUACUACCAGGUUUGAGCAUUCCUUUAAUUCCAAUUUCGACAACCUACAAAGGUUUCUCAUAGAGUAAGGGAGCUCCACCAGACUUGAGCAACCAUUGAGAGUCAGAUAUUGGAGAUUAACUGCAUUUCCAAUAGAAGAAGGGAGCUCCACCAGACUUUUGCAAUAGCUGAGUUCCAGUUCUUCGAGAUUAACUGCAUUUCCAAUACAGCAAGAGAGCUUCAUUAGACUUGAGCAACCACUAAGAUCCAGUUUUUUGCCAUUAACUGCAUUUCCAAUAGAGCAAGAGAACUUCACCAAACUUGAGCAAUGACGGAGAUCCAACUCACAUAGACUAGUGGCAGUGGAGAGAUCGGGGAGCUCUUUCAAGCUAUAAGAAUGACUCAAAUUCAUCCACUUGAGAUUUCUGAGCGGCUGAACCUCGUCCCACAAUUUCUCAAGCUCGCUAAACGGCAUGUCUAGUUUGACAAGUAACUUUGGAUGAAAACUAGAAGGCAAACAUGGCAUUCCGAACCCCGUCCAACUUAGAAAUCUAAGUUUUCUAGAUAUAUUGUUCAGACUCCGAGGAUUGAUGGCAUGUUCAUAGUCUUCGCCAGAUAUUUGUAAGAAACGGAGGUUAGAAAAUCUUUCAAAGGCUCUUUCACUUGUACAUAUUAUGUCCUCCUCGCUGUUGCUGUCCUUACUGAACCUGAGACUUAUUCCUACAACACUGCUAGUAUCGGCUUUAUCAUCACUAAGUACUUUUUCAAUAUCAUUUGCAUCAUCAUCCAAAAACUGGCGUUUCCCAGGCUCACUAACAGAUUGUUUCCUCACAAUUUCUCUUCCCAGUUGGAUUAGCAAUUCAUGCAUCUUUAUCCUUCCCGAAUCUAUCUCUAUGAGGGAUUUUUCAGCGAGGACGCGAAGCCCUAGUGUCACGUCCGGUAAACUAUCUGCAAGACAGCCUUCCACUGUUUCGACUGAUUUACGGUUGAAAAAGCAGGCUAUGUGAAGAAAUAAGUUUUUAUCUUCAUCAUGUAACGCAUCAAAACUGAACAUUAAAAUGCUCUCAAUAUCUCCGUCAAGGCGAAUCAUUAACCUUCGUAGUGCCUUUUCCCACUCUUGCUUGGACUUGGACAGCCCUCGAAAAUAGGAGCCCAUAAUCCUAAGCCCUAAUGGAAGUGCACCUGCAACUGCUGUAACUUCACGAGCAAGCUCCAUGAAACCAGCCUCGGGCUCCUUCUGACGAAAAGCAUACAUGCAGAACAUUUCAAGAGCCUCAUCAGUAGUUGGUAAAUCCACCUUGUAUAUAUGGUUGACCCCUCUUGCUUUUAAAAGUUUUUGAUCUUGUGUUGUGAUGAUAAUCCGACUCCCAUCACCAAACCAAGUUGUUUCUUUAGCCAUGGCUUCUAUCUGUACUAACUGGUCCACAUCAUCAAGGACGACGAGAACUUUCUUGUCUUUCAACCUGUCUUGGACAGUACCCAGAUGUGAAAUCACGAGAGCCUCCUCCUUGACUAAUUGAGACAUAAACUGCUUCUGUAGAUACAACUUGACACUGUAGUCAUCGGAACGAGCUGUUUUUGCAUGCUUUCUCUUGAUAUUGUCCAUAAAGAGACUCUGUUGGAAAUCUCUAGAGUGUCUGUUAAAUAGAGAUCUAGCAAUGGUGGUCUUACCAAUCCCAGGCGGACCCCAAAGCCCUAUUACCCUCACCUCCUCCGAAUCUAGCUGUAACAAUGGUUCCAUCUUUUUCAUAUGAGAUUCCAUCCCAACUAAGCCUUCGAAAUCACUUGAUGGCGAGGAAAUGUUCAACUUGUUCGAUACAUCAGUGGCGAUUAUUUUAAUCAUCUCGGCGUCAUUAUCCCUGAACAUGAAUGGUAGCCUGCGAUUUGGGCCACUUCCUUCAAAGCAUGUUCCCAUCUUCCGAUGUCCUCCUUUGUUUUACCUUUACAAGUUUCUCUAAAGACCUUCCCAAAAUCACCAGUCUGCUUCUUUACAUCAGACGGAUCCACUUUAUAGAAAAGGGCCAUCACUGUUUGACCCUCCUCGUCUCUGCACUUGAUGAUCUCCACUAGCUCGUUCAAGCACCAUGUCGAAGAAGCGUAUUUCUCCGAGAGCAAGACAAGCGCAACCCUUGAUUCUCUAAUAGCUCCUAUGAGCUCAGGGCCGAUCGACACACCCCUGUCCAUAUCAUUGUCAAUGAAAGGGCUGAUUCCUUUGCUUCUGAACAACUCGAUAAUGUGACUGAGAAGGAUCACGCGGACAUCUGCCCCAUGGAAGCUCACGAAGAGAUGGUGUUUCCCUUUGAGAGGCAAAGAAGACGGAUGAGACAAAAGAGAUAAAGAAGAAGCCACUGUUCCGUUUUCUUGAUGGGAUCUGAGUUUUUUGUUAAAAAACAAGAAAAUUAUUGAACCCAAAAGCGUGAAGAAGGUUAUUGCAGGAGCAGUAACAAAGUUGGUAAAGGAAAGAGAAGAAUCCAUUAGUAUGAUGGAGAGAGGAUCAGGAUAUCCGAGCUUCGUAAGAGAGGAUGAAGAAAUUAACAAAGAGGCUCCGUGUAUAUACUAACAGAGAACGUUGACUCCAUUGACUUCAUACGCAAGAAAGAAAGCUUCGGUGCCAAAUUUUCCACGCGAAAUUUUGUGGACAACAAAAUCGUUGGGCCUAAUCAUGAAAGAUGUUGGAACCUUGUGUUUUCUUCCAAG